AUGGAACCCGUCCAGCUAUUCAACCAAAGCAACCUACAGAUCCAGGACUGUGGCGCAAAAGGACGCGGUAUCUUCACAACCGUCAGUAUCCCCGCCCGCACCGUCAUCGAUAUCUCUCCCAUCCUGCUCUUCCCCUCCGAAGAAUACUCAACCCAUGGCCAGCACACCCAACUCGACCACUAUACUUAUCGCUGGAAGGGAGGCAUGGCCCUUGCCCUCGGACUUGGCAGCAUGUUUAACCACUCCUCUACACCCAACGUGGGAUUCCAGCGGGAUAUCGACAACAGUCUGAUCCGGUAUUCGACCUUGCGGGAGAUUCAAGUUGGCGAGGAGCUCUGUAUUUCAUAUGGACCUAAUCUUUGGUUCCCGGAUAUGGAGGACUCUCAGGAUCAGAACAACAGCAGCGGUGGUAGGGCCACCAACGGAGAUGUGAGCGAUAGUGAAGACGAAACAGCAGAGUCGUUCUUUUCCAGGAUACAGCUCUCAGACGACGACGACGACUACGACCAUAGCAACUAG